GCAGUGAUAUGACCCGGAAGCAGAAUCGUGGAGGGUCAGGCAGAGCGGAGGAGGUAAAAUGUCUCCCGGGGUCUUUAACCUGGUGGAGAGCAGAGAGAAGUUCACGGCUGCUACCAACAGUGCUCUGUCGUCCAGGAGCUGCAAACCCCUGACCAGUGUGUUCACCCACCUCCCCGGAAAUGAGACGGAGAAGAAGAGCACGCUGGACCAGGCUCUGCGGGGUGUCCUGGUGGAGCAGAUCGUCAAACAUGCAGAAGUCGACGAUCAUCUCUCCCUGAUCUACAUCAGCAUCGAUGGAGUCACUGAGGGCAUCUGCUCAGCCACCACUCCGUUCGUGCUGCUCGGCGAUGUCCUGGACUGCCUCCCGCUGGACCAGUGUGAUAAGAUCUUCUCGUUUGUGGAGGAGAACGUUUCCACGUGGAAAUCUAAUUCUUUCUACUCGGCUGGGAAGAACUACCUGUUGAGGAUGUGUAACGAUCUCCUCAGAAGACUGUCUAAAUCCCAGAAUACGGUGUUCUGUGGGAGAAUCCAGCUGUUCCUCGCCCGUCUCUUCCCCCUGUCUGAGAAAUCAGGUUUGAAUCUGCAGAGUCAGUUUAACCUGGACAACAUCACAGUGUUCAACAAGAACGAACAAGAGAGCACACUCGGACAGCAGAGCACUGAGGUGAAGGAGGAUGGAAUGGAGGUAGAGGAAGGAGAAAUGGGCGAUGAAGAAGCUCCGGCUCCAUGUUCCAUUCCAAUAGACUACAACCUGUACAGGAAGUUCUGGACGCUGCAGGAUUAUUUCAGAAACCCUGUGCAAUGUUACGACAAGUUCUCCUGGAUCACCUUCGUUAAGUACUCUGAUGAGACUUUAGCUGUGUUUAAGAGCUAUAAGCUGGAUGACACUCAGGCCUCUAAGAGGAAGCUGGAGGAGAUGAGGACAGCCGGAGGAGAACACGUCUACUUCGCCAAGUUCCUCACCAGCGAGAAGCUGAUGGAUCUUCAGCUGAGUGACAGUAACUUCAGACGCCACAUCCUGCUGCAGUACCUCAUCCUGUUCCAGUACCUGAAGGGGCAGGUGAAGUUCAAAAGCUCCAACUGUGUCCUCAAUGAUGAUCAGACGGCCUGGAUGGAGGAAACUACCAAACUCGUCUAUCAGUUGCUCAGAGAAACUCCUCCAGAUGGUGAUAAGUUUGCUGCCAUGGUUGAGCACAUUCUGAACACGGAGGAGAACUGGAACUCCUGGAAGAACGAGGGCUGCCCGAGCUUUGUCAAAGAAAGGUCAUCAGAAACCAAACCCGCUCGGCCUAGCAGGAAGAGGCCGGCGCCAGAGGACUUUCUAGGAAAAGGUCCCGACCGAAAGAUCCUGAUGGGGAAUGAUGAACUGACGAGACUGUGGAACCUCAAUCCAGACAACAUGGAGGCCUGCAAGACUGACAACAGGGAGUUCAUGCCGUCUCUGGAGGACUUUUUUGAGGAAGCCAUCGAACAGGCCGACCCGACAAACAUGGUGGAGGAUGAGUAUAAGGUGGUGGGGAACUCCAAUUACGGCUGGAGGGCCCUUCGUCUCCUCUCUCGCCGAAGCCCACACUUCUUCCAGCCCACCAACCAGCAGUUCAAAAGCCUGGCGGAGUACCUGGAGAACAUGGUCAUCAAACUAGCUAAAGAACUUCCCAAAGAUCUCCCCUCUGAGGAGAUAAAGACGGGAGAGGAGGAGGACGAGAAUGGAGACAACCUGCUGAAAGCCAGUAACGACAGUCCAAGCAUUCAGAGCAAGCUGGUGACCAACAGUCAGAUGGAUGAGAUCGCGGCGAAGCUGGGCGGCCAGUGGAGGGCGCUGGCGGAUCAUCUGGAGAUGAAGGCGGCGGAGAUCCGGGAGAUCGAGUCGGACAGCGAGGACGUGGAGCUGCAGGCUAAGAUGCUGCUGGUGGCUUGGCAGGACCGCGAGGGGCCUCAGGCCACCAUGGAGUGCCUCAUCACUGCGCUGAACGCUGCCGGGUUCACCAGCAUCGCAGACGGCCUGAGCGAAACAUGAAGCCCUGAAGAGAUGAAGCUUUGGCUCAGUCAGUUUCCUCACACAUGUAACCAAACGUCAUCAGUCACGAAACUUCACUGCAAAAAAUGGCAUCUUGUCAAGUGAAAUGACCUUAAAUCUAGUCAAUGUCUAGAAUUUCCCAUUCCGAGACAGUCGUGCACAUUUCUAGACAUUUUUCAGUUUUUAUGUAAAAUUAUCUCGCUAUUCUGGCAGAUAAUGUUGCUGGUUUCAAGCUCGUUUCUUAAGACAAGCACAAUUAUCUGCCAGUAUAGUGAGAACUAUACUCAAUAAAGCUACUUAAAACGGGCCAAAAUAUCUAGAAAUUGGGUGAACAAUUUCAAAUUAAACUUGCAGCAGUCUCAACGGAAGAAAUAUUCCAUUUAUUGACCAUGUUUAAGAUUAUUUUACUUGGCAAGACAAAAUCUGGGUUCCUACUUCAGUUUAAAGCUGUUUCACUGCAAAAAAGAGUGUCUUGUUAAGUGAAAUGAUCCUAAAUCUGGUCAACAUGUGUAAUGCUUCCCAUUCUGAGAUGUGUGCACUUAUCAUGGGACUUUCUAGCUUAUUUCUAGACACUUUAUAACUUGUUUUAAGUAAAAUUAUAACAAGCAAAAUUGUCUGCCAGUAUGAUGAGAAUUGUACGCAAUAGAAUUACUUAAAACAGGUAAAAAUGUCUAGAAAUAAGUUCAAUGAUCUCGGAUGAGGCUCGUCACGAUCUCAGCAGAAUUAUCAGAUUUGUUGAUUAUAAUUCACAUUUGAUCAUAAUUUUAUUUGACAAGACACCAUAUUUUUUGUGGCGCACAGACAAAAUUUGGGUUCCUACUUGAGUUUUAAGCUGUUUUGUGGUCUUUAGUCCAGGGUUUCUCAGCCCUGGACCUGGACUGUCCUGCAGAACCAGAUCAUUACUGAUCAAGCUGAGCUAGUCUGAUGAUUUAGCCACCGUGCUCGGCUAGUUUGUGCGAUAAAAGCUUCCACUGCUUUCUACACACUUAAUGAUGGUUCUUCAAGGGUUCUUUAGUAAAGAAAAUGGUUCUGGGUAGAACCAUGAACACUCACGCUUUUUGUGAUUUUUAAAAUUGUUCUUUGCAUCAUGAAAAGAUUUUUCAGACUGAUGGAGAACGUGCCAUAGACGAUUCUGUAUAGAACCUUUUUGAAAAGGGUUCUUCUAUUGGCAUCGUACUCAAUAAAAACCCUUUUUCGGCGCCAUAUAGAACCAUAACAGGAUAGACAAGAUGGGCCUCUUACAAGCCUGACAUCGUAACAGUAAAAGAACCCUUUUUGGUGUUGUAUAGAACCAUAACAGGAUAGACGAGAUAGAUCUCUGUCAUGCAAUCUUGUCUAUCCAUUUAUGGUUCUAUAUAGCACCAAAAGGGGUUCCCCUCUGUUUUAACAAGCCUGACGUCGUAACAGUAAAAGAACCCUUUUUGGUGCCACAUAACCAUAACAGGAUAGACAUGAUGGUCAUUGUUUGUCCUGUUAUGGUUCUAUGUAGCACCAAAAGGGGUUCCCCUCUGUAGCAACAAGCCUGACAUUGUAAUAAAAGAACCCUUUUUUGGUGCCACAUAGAACCAUAACAGGAUAGACAAGAUGACCAUUGUUUGUCCUGUUAUGGUUCUAUGUAGCACCAAGAAAGGGGUUCUUCUGUUGUUGUUGUUGAGGAACUCUUUUUGGUGCUGUAUAGAACCAUCUACAGCACAUUCUCCAGUAACCUGAAGAACCUCUUCAUGAUGCAAAGAACCCUUUUUUCAGUGUUUAUGGUUCAAUAUAGAACUUUUUCUUCACUAAAGAACCCUUGAAGAACCAUCACUGUACGCGUGUAUGUUGGCUUCACAGCUCGUGGUUGACCGAUGGGCCGCUGGCGGGAGUCCGUGUAAAAAUGCUAAUGUGGCUAAUGCUCACCUGGGCUUGGCGCGAGGACCAGUUAGCAGCUCUCAUUGAACAUCGUUACACCUGAGUGGACGCAGGUGUGGUCAGCUCGAGUCCUCCUGACCGGGUUCGGCUCGAGUCCGGCUGACCGGGUUCAGUUAUCGUUAGCUAGCUAGCUGUGCUAGCAUUUCCAGCUAGCAUCCCCUCAGGUAGCCGAUUAGCUUAAGCUAACCGUCGAGCCUGUUUGACAGUAGAUUUUUAAUGGGUAAUAAUUCUUAAUUUUUGGCUCAAGUUAUCUGGAAAUCCAGCUUUGCUUUGUGAAAAAUCCCCCAGUCGUGUUAAAAUUUGGGUGCAGUUUUAAGCUUUUGCUCGUUCGUUCGAUCAAAAAACCAAAACAAAGAACAUUGUAGGUUCAGAAAUGCUAACAGGCCUUUUGUCCAUCAUUCAGAAAAGCAAAGUGUUCUUCAGACUGAUGGAGACCGUGUGCUGUAGAUGGUUCUAUAUGGAAAAGAGAGAAGAACCCUUUUCAUAAAGGAUCCAUAUAGAACCAUCUACAGCACGUUCUCAGUCAGUCUGAAGAACCCUUUUGACGUCGUCAGAAUGGAAGAGCCCCUUUUAAGAAGGUUCUGUGUAGAACCAGCUGCAGCAUAUUCUCCAUCAGUCUGAAGAACCCUUUUGUGAAGCACAGAACCCUUUGCAAAAGGUUUGUGUUCAUGGUUCCAUAUAGAACCAUUUUCUUUACUAAAGAACCCUCUUUAAGAGUGCAACAUUUUUGGUCAUCAUUCAGAAAACUGUUAAAGAUGGUUCUUUGCUGUUUUUUUUAGUAAAGAAAUGGGUUUAAAUAGAACCAUGAACACAGAACUGAUUAAAGGGUCAUGCUUCAGAUGGAUGGAGAACGUGCUGUACAUGGUUCUAUAUGGAUCCUCUAUGAAAAGGGUUCUUCUAUUAUUACAACCCUGACAUCGUCACAAUAGAAGAGCCCCUUUCAAAAAGGCUCUACGUAGAACCAGCUGGAGCAUAUACUCCAUCAGUCUGAAGAACCUUUUUGUGAAGCAUAGAACCCUUUGCAAAAGGUUUGUGUUCAUGGUUCCAUAUAGAACUAUUUUCUUUAGGAGUCCACGAUUUCCUUAAUGUUUAACAGACAAAAACACAGACGAGCACCUCGGUGCACCCGUACUGUGACUUUAACCUGUCCCAUAGAGUUGUUCUAAUUGAGGCUCCGCCCACAAACAUGUUGUAUCAUAGCUACUGUUGCUAGGUUGGACAAGCUUUACAGCUUCAGAUUCAACUUGAUGAGAAGCUUUACCUCAGUUUAUUUGUCAGAACACCGACACAUUAAUUUCGGAAUAUUCUUCGGAUCAGGUGUGUUUGUGUUGAGCAUGCUGGGAAAUUGAUCAUUUCCCCCCUCAGUUUUUUAAUAAGCUACAAUACAGUCCAGCUCAGUAGCAUCUUAACCUAGAAAGUAUGUAGUGAAUCCUAAAUUUAUAGUUCUAAUGAGAUUUUUUCCCCCUGUUUUCUGUGAAGUUUGUCCAACUUGGCAGGAAUUAAGCCUUUGUAGGCGGAUCAUAGGUUAAUUAUCAGCUGCUUUUUUUUUUGGUUCUGUUCCAACUCCGACCACACCUGAGCCAGGUAAUCAAGGCUGAGCCACAAGGUGGAACAGAACCAAAAAGCCUGUUUCAUGAAAAACUUGGAUUUUUGUUUUUUUACGAGAUUUUUUUGUAUUCUCCAGUCUUGUGAUCUUCCAUAGUGCAUAUGUUCUUGAAUAAAGAUGAGUAGUGUUUUGA